AUGCUCGGCACACUCGUCGGCCUCGCCAUGCUUGUGGCCGCCUCCUUCGUCUUCCUCUACUACUCCAUCUGGACGCUGGCAAUGCCCUUCGUCGACUCGGGCCACCCGUUGCACGACUUCUUCCCGCCGCGCGUCUGGGCCGUCCGCCUACCUGUCAUCCUGAUCUUGCUCGCCUCGGCCGUGGUCGGUUCCUUCCUCAGCGUCGUCAUGAUCCGCAGUAACAGAAAGAAGGCUGCCAAGGCCAAGGCGGCUGCUGCGAAGAAGAAGGCUUAA